GUGCAGCUCGCGCAGCCGCUCACCUCCCUCGCCGAGGGCUGGCAAAGCUGCUCGCGCUCUUCCGCGCGGCGAUGGUUGGCUCGUCGUCGGCGCCCGUCGCGCUGCUCGCCGUGCUGUGGGAGUGGGUCCGGAGGAUGGAGCCGCUGGGCGACGGCUCGCCCCUGCUCUCGGCCAAGGAGCGGCACGAGGCCAAGGACGAGCGCGACGCGGCCGUCUUCUGCCUGCUCGGCCUCGAACGCACGCUGAUGCCGCUGCUCGCCGCCCUCUUCCCGCCAAAGCCAAGCACGCGCCGCCAGCACUCGGCGCCGACAGACGCCCCGCGCGGGCCGCGCCUCGGACGAGGAGCGCGGCUGUCGCACGCGGCGCUGCGCGUGCUGCUGCGUGUGGUGGCGGUGCCGUCGACGACAAAGGCGUGGCGGCGGCAGGGGCUGGUCAUCGACAAGCUCGUCGCCGCCUUCAAGUACGGCGCCGCCCUCGAGGGCUGGAGCGCGGCGGUGCGGUGGGGCGUCCAGGUCGCCGCGCUGCAGUGCGCGCGCGUGCUCGUCGUGCGCGUCGCGCCGGAGAACCUGACGGCGCUCUGGCCAAUCAUGAUCGCCGAGCUGCAGCGCGUGCUGCUCGAGCCGCGCGAGGCGCCGCCCGCGCUGCUCCUCGCCGCCUGCCAGCUCGUCGACGUCCUCCUCACCGUGCUCCCCGACGACUUUGCCCCCUUUGGGUGGAUGUUUGUGCCCGGCACGGGCGCGUCGGGGCGCUCCUCCUCCUCCUUCUCGGCGCUGCUCGCCCCCCUCCUCCUCUGGCUGCCCGCCCACUCCGCAGCCUCGUGCUCCGAGCCGGACGAGGCCGCCGACCCCGACCCAGACUCGCAAAGGGCGGCGGCGGCGGCGGCGGCGGCGGCGGCGGCGGCGGCGUAUCCGCGCGGCGGCCUCCUCGCGCCGGCGGCGGACGGGCGGAGGCGUCCUCUGCUCGCGCUGCGCACGCUGCACGACAUGUCGGAGCUCGUCCCCUUCGUGUCGCAGCUGCACGACCACCUGGUGCGCUCCGCGCUCGAGCCGCGCGGCACCCAGGUCGACGCCCCGAUGCUCGACAUGCUGCUCGGCUGCGCCUUCCUCCCGCCCGCAGAGGCGGAGGCGGCGCUGCGGCCGCACCUCGCGCCGCCGCCGCAGAGUAGUGCCACAGACAUCCCGCACUGGCACUGACACCCGCCGCCCCCGCGCGCGCCCCACCCCGGCCGGGAGAAAGGGGAGUGGCAGUUUGGGCUGGCAACAGUCGAGAAGCCUCGCACUCCAUGUGCGAGAACGCAGGGGUAAAUGUAAGCCGGAUCGCAUUU